AUGUCUUCGCCUCUUCCACCUCCCCCUCCGCCGCAAUGGGUCGUCGCGAUGAACUCACCGAUGGCGCGGCCCUCCAAGGCGGCCUCCAGCAUUCCGGAUCCACCGGGCUUCUCCAGCAGCCGUGGAGGUAAACAGCGCGAGAAGCAGCAACAGCAACCCGCCGCGAUGAAGCGCGGAGAGACCGACGACUUGAAAAUGAAGAAAGCAUGGGAGAUCGCCAUCGCCCCGUCCAAGCAGCUCCCCAUGAACGGCAUCAUGAUGUACAUGUCCGGCAACAGUCUCCAGAUCUUCAGUAUUAUGAUGGUCUUCAUGCUGUUCAAGGGUCCUAUUCAAGGUCUGAUCAACACCAAUGCGGCCUUUGCCAAAUACGAGACCCCGACAACCCGUGGGCGCCUGAUUGCAGUGAAAGCGGUCUACGUGCUGAUGCAGCUGCUAUUGCUGGCCUUGGGAAUCUGGAAAGUCAACGGCAUGGGACUGUUGCCGACUACGAGAUCGGACUGGCUCGCGUGGGAAUCGGAACGACAGCCUUUGGAGCGGGCUUAUUUUGCCUUCCGUUGA